AUGAGUACGAUACAGAAUAUCAAGAAUUUCAUUCGUCAUGGCAAGCAGGCCCGUCUGGUCACCCCUCAUUCUGAGCCUACCACCGACGUUUCCACGAUCAAUGCAGAGCCCCAACGUCAACCGCCAGGCCAAUAUACACCCGGUCUCGAGGCAUUUGGGCCCGAAGGCCGAGCCAAUGCCAUUCACAAGCCUGACUCUCAAGUGAGACACGAUCGAUCCGUCGAAAUCGAACGUCUAGUCGCGGAAGAGAACAUGAAUAGGUCAAAAAUGCCCAAAUAUCCCGGGCUAGAGCGCUGGAUCUUGGUGGAGAAGAUGGGCGACGGCGCCUUCAGCAACGUCUAUCGCGCCAAGGAUACUACAACGGAGUAUGGUGAGGUGGCUAUCAAAGUUGUCCGCAAAUUCGAAAUGAACAGCAAUCAGCGAGCAAAUAUCCUCAAAGAAGUGCAAAUUAUGCGCAACCUUGAUCACCCCAACAUCGUUAAAUUGAUCGAUUUCUCCGAGUCCCGACAAUACUACUACAUCGUCCUCGAACUAUGCCCCGGAGGUGAAUUGUUCCACCAAAUUGUGCGAUUGACAUACUUCAGCGAAGACCUCAGCCGUCAUGUCAUUCGGCAGGUUGCGGAUUCUAUUGAAUAUCUUCACGAGACAUCAGGCGUCGUCCAUCGUGAUAUUAAACCAGAAAAUCUCCUAUUUUAUCCAAUUGAGCAUGUUCCCAGCAAGACUCCCAAACCUCGACAAGCAGGCGACGAAGACAAGGAAGACGAGGGCGAAUUCAUUCCUGGGGUGGGCUCUGGUGGUAUUGGAAAGAUCAAGCUUGCCGAUUUCGGUCUAUCUAAAGUGAUCUGGGAUAGCCAGACGAUGACCCCUUGUGGUACUGUUGGAUACACAGCCCCAGAAAUUGUCAAGGAUGAGCGUUAUUCCAAGAGCGUGGACAUGUGGGCCAUGGGCUGCGUGCUUUACACACUCCUUUGUGGCUUCCCUCCCUUCUACGACGAGAGCAUUCAGGUUCUCACCGAGAAGGUGGCACGGGGCCAGUACACCUUCUUGUCACCCUGGUGGGACGAUAUCUCCAAGUCAGCUCAGGACCUAAUCUCGCAUCUCCUCACCGUGGACCCCGAGAAGCGAUACACCAUCCAGGAGUUCCUCGCACAUCCCUGGAUUAAGGGUACCGAUGAAGAGACUACCGCCGCUGCUGACGCACCUCCUCUGGCAACACCUUUGACCAGAGACCCUGAGAAGGGUCAGGGACUCGCCUCCGCCUCCGCCGAGCAUGGCCCCUACCAGCCAGCCAGUGCUCGCUUCCUCGACCAGCCGUCUGUUGCAUCUGAGCGUCGCAUGGACUUCCGAUCUCCAGGCGCAUUCAAUCUCCGCGAAGUCUUCGAUGUCGGCUACGCGGUGCACAGACAAGAAGAGGAAGGAAAGCGCCGUGCUAACGUGCGCCAAGCCAACCGCGGCGGCACCGCAGGGUUCCAGUCCGCACUCGGUGCUCUCAACGAAGGAUACGACGAGGAGCAGGAAUACAGCCAAGAUCUUGGUAGUCAACAACCUACUAAGGCAGGCAAGAAUCCAGGCGACAUGGCCGGUAUGGAAGCCAAGCUCCGACACACCAACCUCGGCGCCCAGAGCAGUGCCGCACAGGCAAGGCAAGCGCACCAGAAGCCCAAACAAGGAUAUGGAAUGCACGAUGCCACCGUGGCUAGUGCUGCCAAGAGCUCUAUCCGCAAGCCACAGCAACCAUUCGAGCUCACUUUGAACGGUGCGACUCUGCUCGAGAAGCGCGGCCGCCGUAACCAACCGGUGGCAUAG